CUGAGCAAAAAAGAGAAGCAGCGGUGUAAGCAUGAAGCUUUCAUUGACAAGCUUGUAUCCUCUGUGUCACCAUAUUCAAAAGCACAGCGGCGACGUUUCAACAAGAAAACGCGUGAACAAAUUGGUGGUGGAAUGGCCGACAUGGGUCUCGCCUUAUCUGCUUUACAAGAGAAAGAUCCCUCUCUUCAAUCUGCCAAGGGGCCUGAAACCGUUGCACCGUCGUCAAUGGCAAGGCAGACGGCGACUAGUCGAAUAGGCAAGGGCAAGGGGGUUCCCCUGACCAAGGCCCAAAGAAAGCGCACUCUGGAAAUUGAAAGCCUUCGACACCCACUCGUUCUUUCAGAUCCCCGAUUUGCGGAUAACCCCUUUGAAACCAUUCGCAUCCAUGCGCGGAACACGCUCGAAAAAAAAAGUACUUGA